AUGCCUCUCCACCGUCGUUCCGGGAUACUCCUCUGGUUGAACCUUCUGAUCGUAAUCGUUCAAUGCGAUCAGACUCCACCUCCACCGGCUGAAGUCUUUUGUGUGGAUCGGGAUUGCGACAAAAGCAUCGCUCAAGUUCGCAUGGUAAAAGAUUUUUCGGCUGACGGAAAGUUACUUGUCUCGCGAGAUACCGUAGUUGAUAUGGUAGCCAAAAGUGCCUUGACGGAAGACUCGCGAGUAAAAAUACUACAUAACGGGCGCACUCACUACGUGGAUGCAACCUUUGUACAGGAAAUACAAAAUCUCGAGCCAAAUAAUUUCAAGCGUUUUAGUAAUCGUGAUGCCAAGUCGUUUGACGGAAACCAGACACCUAGAACGUUGUCACAUGUGGAAACUAACUCUGUACCUGUGGAGUCGGAGGAAGUGAUGCAGAAGACAAAUACUUUUAUGGAAAAAGGAACUUCGGAAUCAAUAACAAAUACUGCUCAAGAACCUAAAAUCAUAUCCUUAAACGAUUCAUCUGAAAAUAAUGUCAGCACCGAGAAAAUAACCAGUUCAAACGCGUCCCAGACAGAUCCCAUUAAAGUUAAUCAUCUAACGUCGAUUGCAGAUGGUAAAGCAGGAAAGAUCAUAUCUGAAGAGCUUGUUCAAAAAACUGAUUUUACGAUUGAGAACGUCAGUGCUAUGCCGGAGCAGCCAUCGCAAGCUUCAGUCACGACCCCAGGUGCCUCUGUUUCUACUCCGUCAGCAGAUCCGAAUAUGGGAUCCCAUCACUUAAUUAGUAAUGUAGUUAACGCCUCGGAAUCGGAAGUCGCAUCGAAUGUGGCGAAUGAUGAAACCAAAGAACCUCCGGCCAGUUUCACAUAUACCGCGGAAUAUGCACAUGAAAAGAAUGCUAUUGUGGACAGCGGAUCUGUAGGUGAAGAUAUAGGCGUGCAUAAUUCUGUUCGUCAAGAGGAAAAGUCUCCAGAUACAAGUCUUUUAAAAGAGGAAUCCAAUACCACUUUAGAGAUGAGUGAUAACUCUGCUUUCUCCGAACCGAAUUCGCCGCUACAACUACCCUCAUCGACAGAAGCGAUGUCCGAUACCGGUGCUCUUCAAAAUAGUUCUGACACCGAAUUUAACAAAUCGGAACCUGCCAGAGGCGACAUCUCUUCCAAGGUCGAGCUCGACGACAUUGACUCCCCGCAGAAAAUAGACAACCUACCGACCAUUGAACCAGAUUCCUUGUCUCCAUCACACUCGGUCGACAAACCUGACACGUCUCCAGACGAUCAACCUCCAUCUGAGCGAUCGACGAAAGAGACGUCUUCAAUGGAAAACGACCACAUUUCUUCAAGACAAAGUAAUAUUGAACAGAAGUCAUCUCAAGGCGAGUCGCCAGAAUCUGGAGAGUUAAAAACCGAACAGUCACAAAUGCCACCUAUGCAGUCUAUCUCUGUCGAAUCAGACAGGGUGACCUCUUUGCAAGAACAGACCAUAAGUGAAGAAGAUAAAAAUGUCCCCGAGAAGAUUACCAUCGACUCCUAUUUACCAAACUCGCAUGAAGAUGCACGUAAAAGUCAAGAGAAUUUGCACCACAGUGGUGAAUCCGUUUCAUCUGCAAACGUACAUUCCAAACGGAGUUCAGAUCGAGAUGAAUCUAUCGUUGGCGAGUCAGCAGGUGCUCAUACUCACAUACCCUCGACAGAACCAAGCGUUCUUCAGCAGCCACAGGAAACAGACUUUGCCAAAGAUAUUCGUGAUUCUAAAGCAGAUCCGAAUUUACCGAUUGUGGUCGUUAGUAAUGAUAACUACCCUCGUUUUCCCAGCCUUCUGCAAUGUAUAGUCUGGGCUGCAAAUGGAACACGUGAUCGAUCUGGUGUGCACAAGUCUGGCGCACCUUUAGCUCGUCUCAUGAUCAAACUGCACGACCUGGCGGAACUUUUGGUGUCCUAUUUACCUUCACCAAUGCGGUUUAUAACAGAAAAAUUCACAAAUAUGAUAGAUCUUCCACUAGAUUUUGUUGCUAUGUGGCUUAUUGUUGCUGUAAGCUUAUUUGUCGCAAAGAGCAUCGCUUCUGUUUUGUUUGGAUUAGCUAGACCGCGCGAUACUACAAAGCUAGAAUAUUUCAAGGCGAAGGAGCAAGUGUUACAGUUGUCCAGCCGUCUCUCGGACCAAGAGGAAGCGAACACUCAGUUGACCAAAUUAACAGCACAGUUGACUGACAAACUGCAAAAUAUCCAAUCGGAACAUAGCGGAAAAGUCGUGAGUUUGCAAAAGUUGGUGGACUCCUCCAAAACAGAUCUGUUUGCUGUAGAAAAACAGUUAGCUGAAACACUCGAAAAAUGCAACAUCUUGGAGCAGGAAUUUCAAUCACGACUGGCUGAAAAAGAGCAAAACUUACUAACGCUUGAUUCGGAACUUUGUCAGCUAAACGAAGAACGUCUAGCCGUCGAAGAGCAGUGGAAGACAAAGCUUACCGAGCUGAAUGAGUCACAUCAGAAAGCAAUGGAGGAUGCUAAACGAGAGCACGAAGAUCUGUAUCACCAAGCCGUGGAUUACUAUAACCGCAUGAAAGCUAUGCAACCAGAGAUGGACAAAUUGAUAGAGGCUCGAAAGCAAGCGGAGGAUAAAGUUGCCGCAUUGCAGACGGAACUAGACAGUUUGCGUACCACAUUUACCACCCUCAAGAGCUUCGAGUUAGCACUGGAACAGGAGACGCAACUGAUUAAUAAAAAAUCCAAAAAUUGUGUCGAACAAUCUGACUACAUGUUGAUCGAACGAUCCGGAGAAAGCGAUGUAGAUUCUAAUAAAAAUGAUCAUGAUACGGUUGACGAAAUGGGUACCAAACGCUCCCGUUCAGGAUCCACGGAAUCAGGUGGCUCUGGAAAUAAUGAAGUUUCUGAAGAAAGUGAACACCAUGAGUCAAAAUUACGAGCUAAUUUGUCACUUUUCUUAGAUGUUGGUCGAUUACAAGCCGAGUUGACUGCUGCUCAGAGUCGAAUCAAGGGUGAAGAGGCUCGAGCUGAAUGUGAACAUGAGCUGCGCAUAAAAUUGGAAGAAAAAGUAGAGCAAAUCGAACGAGAAAACUCUACUCUUCGAACACAGUGUAGUCAAGCAGAAGAAGAGAAGUCGGCAGCACAGACACGACUAGAUAUUUUGUCGGCUUACUUCAAAGAACGUGAGUUAGAAUUACAACGAGAUCUGGGCAAGCAUGUUGUAGUUGGGUCUGAAUCAUCUGACGCCAUAAAUAGCCUUCGGAAGAGAAAUAAAGAACUGGAGGCGGAGCUGAAAUCAUUGCGUGAACAGGUAAACUCAAUGCGCCGGGAACUGAGUGAAACGGAGCGCAUUAAUCGUCGCCAAAUUUCUGAAUUAGAUAAGAGAUCUCACGAAAACUGGUUGGCAGCUCGGGCUGCCGAUCAUCAAGUCAAAGAGCUUCGCGAUGAAAAUACACUACUUCGGCAAAAGCUGCUUGACGCCGAGCGAGCCAUUCUUCCUCCCGCCCUGAGAACACAACAAAUGAAUCAAGCAAGGCUUUCUUUUCCUGCGGGGCAAUUGCCACCCGGAGUUGCUCCCCGUCCCACACUUCGAAGUUCGUUCACACCUAGCUCCGGGCGCCUUGAGAAACGCUCUUUGUCUGGUCAGUCACUAACGAGUUUGUCCUCGCAGACUUCCAUGUCUCGUCCGGAGGUUUCAAAUCUUCCGUUCCCGGUUCCACCACCUCCUCCUCCACCACCAAUUAUAAUGCCUCGAAACAUGUCACCCGGUGGAAUGCAAUCAUCUGUCCCGCCUUUCAUCCCUGGGCUGUCACCUAGCCGGCUCCCAUUUCCGCAUGGUUUCCCACCACCCCCACCUCCUCCUCCUCCUCCACUUCUGCCUUUACCAGGUAACCUUCAACCUCAGUUAAGUCCUAGUUCUUCAGCUGUUGAUUCAUCAGUCAGUCGGGCACCCUCGUGA